UGGUGAUAUCCCUUCACCUCUCACCCAGAACAUCAUUCUCAGGUUACCAGAUCUGUAAGGGCCAUGGGAAAACAGAGGGUGACUGAUGAUCAUUGGAGCUCUAGAGGACAAUGCCAUGCUGACUAUAGCAGCGGGAAGAAGCACGACAACGUCUAAUUGCUUUUAUGCUCUCCGUGUGGUGUUGCACUGGGAAUGAAUGUUUUCACCUAGAGAACGGCUUGGGAUAUAUAUUUUUGUCUACAGCCAGAGGAGCAAAGCUUCUCCACAAUGAAGCUCAGCUUUGCCUUUAACCUCUCAUUGGUUUUUGCAGUGGGAAUGCUUCAUGUUGCUAAGGCAGCACAAGGGAAAUAUGCUCAAAUGCUCUUUAAUGAGCUCUUUGAAGACUAUUCAAAUGCUCUCAGACCAGUGGAAGAUACAGACACCGUACUGAAUGUCACUCUUCAGAUCACUCUCUCCCAAAUAAAGGAUAUGGAUGAGAGAAACCAAAUUCUGACCGCCUACCUAUGGAUUCGACAAACAUGGUACGAUGCCUAUUUGAAGUGGGACAAGGAUGAAUAUGAUGGGCUGGAUUCUAUCCGAAUCCCCAGCAAUCUGGUAUGGAGACCGGACAUUGUCCUUUAUAACAAGGCUGAUGAUGACUUUUCUGAGCCUGUGAAUACUAACAUUGUAUUGAGGCACGAUGGGAAGAUUACUUGGGAUGCACCGGCUAUAACAAAAAGCUCAUGUGUGGUGGAUGUAUCUUACUUCCCCUUCGAUAGCCAGGAGUGCAACCUAACCUUUGGUUCUUGGACCUACAAUGGUAAUCAGGUAGAUAUUUUCAAUUCUUUAGACAGCGGCGACCUCUCAGACUUUAUAGAAGACGUGGAGUGGGAGAUUCACGGCAUGCCGGCUGUUAGGAAUGUGAUAACCUAUGGCUGCUGCUCAGAGCCUUAUCCAGAUGUUACAUUCACCCUUAUUUUGAAAAGGAAAUCAUCUUUCUAUAUAUUUAACCUGCUGCUUCCUUGUCUGUUGAUAUCUUUUCUGGCUCCACUGGGAUUCUACCUCCCAGCAGACUCUGGAGAAAAAGUGUCUCUGGGGGUCACUGUUCUGCUUGCCCUGACCGUGUUUCAGCUAAUGGUUGCGGAGAGCAUGCCUCCUUCUGAAAAUGUGCCUUUGAUCGGUAAAUAUUACAUUGCUACUAUGACAAUGAUCACAGCAUCCACAGCACUGACCAUCAUUAUAAUGAAUAUCCAUUACUGUGGAUCAGGAGCCAAGCCUGUCCCACAGUGGGCGAGGGUGGUCAUCUUGGACUAUAUGUCAAAGAUCUUCUUCGUUUAUGAUGUUGGUGAAAACUGCACAAGUUUGCAACGUGUCAAAGAGCAGGACCCAAAGGUGGAAAAGAUGAAUAGCGCUUGUCGAAAAGACCAAGACAGAUACGAAGGGAUGAGGAGGCCCCUUGCCAAGGGCAGUGGAGUCCCGGGUGAAAAUGCCAGGGAUAUUGUUAGUUGCUGUUCCUGCUACAGAAUCCUGAUCAAGAAUAUUGAAUAUAUCGCUAGCUGCGUGAGACGCCACAAAGCCAACCACGCCAAAGGAGUGGAGUGGAAGAAGGUAGCCAAAGUGAUGGACAGAUUCUUCAUGUGGAUCUUUUUCAUCAUGGUCUUUUUCAUGAGCGUUUUGGUCAUUGGCAAAGCACUUUAAGGAGAAAUGCAACCACGGCUGCAUAUUCCUCAAGCACCCCCUGUUAUAUUAAA